AAAAGCUGAAGAGUAUCUGCGGCUAUCUGAAGUGAAAUGCACAGGAUUAAUGGCUCAAAUGACAGCAACAAGCAGUGCUGUGAUGUGCCUGGACCUAGCGGCUAGUUUCAUGAAACAUCCAGUUGACAAAAGCUACUUUGUGAAACUCUCUGGUCUGAACAAGACAACCUACCAGAGCUCCAUGAAGUCUUUGGAGUGUUUGCUAGAGGUGAAUCCCAGACUGGGAAUGCAAGACUUGGCUGUGCAAUUCUGCUGCACGGAGGCAGUGAGCACCGCUUCAAAAAUACUACAGAGGUAUGAAUCCAGCCUCUCUGAAGCACAGCAAAUGGACCUUGAUUUCUCAAAACCACUUUUUGUAACAGCUGCGCUGUUCACUGCAUGCAGGUGUUUGAAGCUAAAAGUGGACAAAACUAAAAUGUUAGCUACAUCAGGUGUAAAAAAAGCAAUAUUUGACCGGCUGUGCAAUCAGCUGGAGAAGAUGAGCCAGCAACUCAGCAAAGAAGGUGUUCCACUGGCUGCAGAGACAGCUGAAAGCUUGAACACCAACCUGGAGUACUGUGAGAAGGAAGAUGGCUCUGAAGAUGAUGAGGAGAUGCCAUGUAAACGGCCAAAGACCGAAACAAAGCAAGACUAUGAAGAAUGGAAAAAGAAAAUCCUGGAGAAUGCUGCUAAGGCACAAGAGACGAGUAUGGGACUGAAAUUUCUUGUGCUUGUAAGGCAUCCUAAAUAUUCCAAAAAACAAUAA